AUGCACCAGAGAUCGUGUAAAAUAUACAAAUCUCUCAAGCCAGUAACUCAGGAAGAUGAAUCAAACGACAGCGACGUAACCAGCCACCCAAUAUUUCAACACACGUCAACUUCAACAUCUACUCCAAAGCCAAUACCCGGAAUAAAAUUGCCCAAAUCAUCAACUCAGUGGUCUGAGGCCAACGCAUUCUUUCAGCUGGAAUUUAGAUGUCUAGACGCUAUCACAGAUAUCGACAGUUUCGCUAACAGGUUCCAAGAGGCAAUCUAUCCAUAUUUUGCUGCCAACUGUGGCAUUUUAAAAAUGAAAUCAAAACCUGUUGAGCACAUAAAUCGUGAUAUUAGGCGUUUAAAAACAAAAUUGAGAAAUUUAAAAUCGUUGGCUCAGAUCGACACUCGAUUCAACAAUGAAAUACGUAUGCUGAGCAAACAGAUUAGAGCAAUACUAAAAAACCAAUAA